UUCCUUGAGAUAGCGCUCACGACACGCUGUGACCUCCGAAAGGGAUUGUGGUUAUUUGACAGCUGUCAAAAAAAAUCCUGCAACCUGCAAAAUGAUACCAUCAUCAAAACCGUCGCGAAACCGCGACGAAAUUUAAACAGCCGACUGGCAGAGAAUAUUUCGGCAUCCUAUUCGCGUUGUCGCUGCACCACAUGUCUAUCUGCUCUCUCUCGCCGCAGCUCCUACAGCAGACGUAAUCUUUGCUGUGCGUGUCAUGGCGAGUAUGGUCGAGAACAUUGUUUGCGAUGGCUUCGUGUUUUUCAACAACUUCGAUUCGGCUAAUUUAGCCAAAGUGGAGCGAGUGAUAAUACCAGAUAUUUCUAGCAAAGAUGCUUAUGAAGUCGAAGGCAAAUCGACGGAUAGCUCAAACUCCAAAGAUAUAUUAGAUUACGAGUUUAACUUGUGGACAAAACACGACUGUCACGGCACACAGUUUCAAAACAACAACAGGACAUGGUUUCAUUUCGGAGUGAGAUGCAAUCGUCCAAAUUCUUCUGUCAGAUUUAAUAUAGUCAAUUUGAACAAGCAAGUCAAAAUGUUCAGUCAAGGAAUGUGUCCUGUCUUUAAGAUUGUACCAGGACACUUACAUUGGGAGCGGAUACGUGAAAAACCUACGUACACUUUUGACCAGAGGGGAGGAAGUGACUUUACUUUAUCUUUCCUUUAUUACACUCCGGAGAAUACAAAAGCUAUUACUUACUUUGCUUUUACCUAUCCAUUCUCAUAUACUGAUUUACAAAAUUAUUUGAAAAGAAUCGAUGUGAGAAUGGGCAAGAAUAAUGUAACAUGUGUGGAUGACAUCUAUUACCACAGAGAAUGUGCGAUAAAGUCUCUGGAGGGUCGUAGACUAGAUGUAUUAACGAUAAGCUCUUAUCAUAACAUAUCGAUGGAGAGAGAAGAUAGACUGAACAAUAUGUUUCCUGAGAUGAGUGAAGAGAGACCUUACAAAUUUUGGGACAAAAAAGUAAUUUUUAUUAGUGCCAGAGUCCAUCCAGGCGAGACACCAUCUAGCUUUGUUCUGAAUGGUUUCCUCAGUUUUUUACUAAAUCGCGAAGAUCAAAUUGCCAUCCUUUUACGUCGGCUAUAUGUGUUCAAAUUGAUACCGAUGCUCAAUCCGGAUGGUGUUGCCAGAGGCCAUUACCGAAUGGAUACCAGAGGAGUAAAUCUAAACCGAGUUUAUCUGAACCCUUCCCAAGUGGAGCAUCCCACGAUAUAUGCUGCGAGAAACUUGAUAAGAUACUAUCACUAUUCUUAUCAACUACCGGAAGAAUCAACUGACGAACUGUCAACUAUAAAUUUAGAAAUUGUGGAUAACGACGUAAGCGUUUUUCGAAAUUCGACCGCUUCGAUAGCAAACGCUGUACGUGAUACAACCGCGAGACUGUUGCAGCAAGUAACACUUAUGUCACUGGAUGAAAAGAGCAGAUCCGGUAGAUCAUCGACCAUCGAACCUAACAAGAAACGUUUAUUAACGGUACAAAAAUUGGACGAUGCGGCAAUUGAAAGUGAAGGAUUGCCUAAAGAAAGUGGAAAAUACUCCAACAUGGCAAAGGAUGAAACAAAUGACAAAAUAAUUUACACAGCUGCAGCAGGCGAAAAAUGUUCGGAUAAUUCCGGAUUGUAUUUGUAUAUCGACCUUCACGGGCACGCUUCGAAGAAAGGUGUCUUUAUGUACGGAAAUCACUUUACCGAUUCCGAAGACACUAUUACGUGUAUGCUACUACCAAAAUUAAUGUCUAUCAAUAAUCCGCAUUUUCAUUUCACAUCGUGCAAUUUUGCAGAACGAAACAUGUACAUUAUAGACAAGCGAGAUGGUAUGUCGAGAGAAGGUUCAGGACGCGUAGCGGUGUACAAGAUGACUGGUCUGAUACGCAGCUAUACUCUAGAAUGUAAUUAUAACUCGGGCCGAUUGGUAAAUACAAUACCGGCUCGAGUGCGCGAUGGGGUCAACAAAACUCUCUGUCACAUGUUUGUUCCUCCGAAAUAUACUCCGGCAGUAUUCGAAGCGGUUGGAGCAGCAUUAGGUCCUUCCAUUCUUGAUCUCACCAACGGUAAUCCCAACAGCCGAUUGCCAAAUAGCCAAUAUCGUUCUCUAAGAGGGGUAAAAUCUCAUUUGAAAUUAACAUACGUAAACAAUCUACCGUCCAGCAGAUCAAUGCAUAAGGACAGCGAAGGCGCGAAGAAUGCCUGCAUACUGAAAGAAUUAGAAACGAAACUUAACGACGCAAUGAUGGGAGCGAGGAAUGUCAUUAAAAGUGAAAGUAAUUUGGUGAAAAAGUGCCUUCUUCGCCGCGGUGCGGCUCUUUACACAGCGAUGAAAAGAAUGAAAGGAAGUAAAAAGCCGCGACAAAUACCGACUCGCAGAACGUUGAAGAAACAAUGUGCCAAUAAUGUGGAAAACGAUGCGAUAAUUUGCACGAUUGAAGGAGGAGUGAAGCCAUUUUUGAAGACGAUCGAUCGCCAUCGCGUCAACAAAUCAGGAUAUGUUGUCGAGCGUCAAAGCACGUACGCGAGUAAGAAAUUAACAACGACGAAUAAUUUAGCGAAAAUUAAUACAUCCUGCGAAGAAACAGCGGUAGUGAGGCACAACGGCGCAAAGAGAAUGAAAAUCCUUUCCAUCGGCUCAUCUAAGGCUCUCCCCGAGAUCGGAGAGUCAUCUUGCACUGUAGGGAAAGCGUCCUCGAGGAUUCCGCACUCUUGCAGUAAACAAAGUAUCAAAGGAACGCGCGAUAGGAAACGAUUGCCAGCGGAACAAAUGAACGAAUCUUCCGGGCAGAAAGAGUUGAACAAGAAAUUCACCGAGGGAAAAUCCGUACUCGAAGAGGGCACGUGAAGCAAAAUAUCAGCUCAGUUAUGGCGUAGGAACGAUUUGCCGCAACGUCGUACUUUUCAAGAGACAUGUUCUGCGCGAUACUAUAACUUGGCACUUUGCGUAGGUAUGUCUGCACACAACAUACAUUAAUGAUGCAAACUAGAGAAAAGCAGAGUCACUAUAUGUAUCCUUCGAUCAAGUUGGUUAAAAAUAUGCAAAGUGCUCAUUUAUAGCAACCCGCCCUGUGUAUGUAUGAUGCAAAUUGUACAGUCAAAUUUAUUUGUAUGUUAAUUAAAGAAAUAAGAUUGUGUA